CUCAAUCAAUCUGCUUCCUCCGUCUUUGCUUCAGUGCUUCAUACAGGAAAUCUAUUGCUGUGUCAAGUUCCAGAGAAGAGGUUCUUCUGUUCCAACUUACUAAUCAGCCUAAAACACAGAGUGAAAGGAAGAGGCUGGUAGAAAGGGAGUGUCCUGGUGCUGAUGGGCUAAGAGGAUCCAGCCCAGAGCCUCUAACCAGAGAGAGCCCCACCAUGUCCAGAGCUCCUUUCACACCUGUGGGGAGGCAAAGUACCAAGUAAAAGGGCAGAAUACGAGAAAUCAGAAAUGCCCCGCACUUGGAGAACUUCUAAACUAUGGCUUCUACUGAUUUUGACUGUCUUCUUAGUGCCCGGGUAUGUGCGUGCAGGAGUGCGAAGUUCUGGGACACCAAGAAACUUAACGCAGCUGCAAAUGGCUACAACAAAUAGGUCAUCUGUGGAAGGAAAGCAGAGCAGGCUCACACCUCCUGUGGAAGCUAACACUUCUCAGUCUGUACCUGUGGCUACAAAGGCUGUGCUCACUUGCCCUCCUGUCGGCUUAACCAAUGUGCUGAUAAUAAGGUGGGAAAUAAACCUCAGAGACAAGCCUUCCUGCAUUAGAGCCUACAGGAGAGAUAACAAUGAGACCAGUGAAAGAAACUGUACCGACGAGAGAAUAUCCUGGGAGUCCAGACCCGAUCAGAAUCCUGCCCUUCAGAUUGAUCCCGUGGCCAUCACUCAUGAUGGAUAUUACAGGUGUGAAGUGGCCGCACCUGAUGGGAAUUUUGGUUUUGGAUAUCACCUCCAAGUAUUAGUGCCCCCCGAGGUGACCCUGUUUCGAGGCAGCAAUGGAACCCUGGUGUGCAGGGCUGCAGGGAAGCCAGCUGCACAGAUCUCCUGGACCCCAGGGGGAGACUGUCACACUGUGGAACAACAGUUGGGCAAUGGCACGGUGACCGUCCUGAGUACAUGCCACUGGGAGGACCGCCAGGUGUCUAAUGUGUCCUGCUCUGUCUCCCACGUGACCGGCAACAAGACUCUGUCCUUAGAGCUGAAUCGAGGUGACCAAUCACCACUGAAAUUAACUAUUUUAUCUAUCACCUCCUCUAUUUUGAUUACCUUGAUCAUUGUGGGAUUCAUUGUGGGAUCCAUUUUGAAAAUCGAUUGCUGCAGAAAAUGCAAAUUAAAAAAAAUGGAAGCUACUUCAGUUGUUGAGGAGGAGGAAAUGCAGCCUUAUGCCAGCUACACAGAGAAGAACAAUCCACUCUAUGAUACUGUGAGCAUGAAGAGGUUUCAGGUUUUACAAAGUGAAGUUGAUGGGCUGUGUCUCCAUACUUCAUAAGUUAUUGGAAUCUAGCAACAGAACAAAUGAAUAAAGAUACAGCAGGACUACUAUUUUGAUUUUCUUAGAGUUCUAGCAUGGAAAACCUAUUUUGGAAUUAGCUUUUCAAGGAUUCUGAGAAGAUAGAGAUUUUUAAAAGGUUUUCAUACAUAUCCUUAUAUAUUAAAAUUUUAGAAUGUUAGCUGCUAUUAGGUAGUUCUCUGAAGAACUGAUAUUAUUACAAAGAAAGCAAAUGCUAUGAUAAAAUAUUCAAAUUGUUUAGUAUAGUAGAUAAUGAAAACUGAAUUUCUUCAAGAAAGAACUCCGCAGAAGGAAGAAUCAAGAUAUUUUAUGUAUUCUUCCAGAAAAUUUUAUGUAUAUAUAUCUGUACACCAAGGUAUGGGUGUGCAUUCAUAAGUCUAUUUACAUAUAUAAACACAUAUCCUUGUGAAGACACAAAUGGGAACAUAUCAUGAUGCUCUUCUGCACUUAUAGAAAGCUAAUAAUAUGAUAAGUCUUGAAGAUCUUUUAUAUCAAUACAAGCAGAGCUACCUCAUUCUUUUUAAUGGUUAUAAAAUUCCAUUGUAUGGUUAUGUCAUAAUUUAAUUAACUACAGUCCUAGUGGUAGACAUUUAGAUUGUUUUAAGUUUUAUUUGUUUGUUUUGGUAUUAUAAACAAUACCACAUAGAAUGUUUCUUGUGGAUAGAUCUCUUUAUAUUUGUUUAAGUAUAUUUAUAGAAUAAUUUCCCUGAGUGGAAUUUCAGGUCAAAAGGGUUUGUGCAUUUUUUAUUGAUUGAUAUGUCCAAUUGUAUCAAUUGACGUUCCCUUCAACCAUGUUUGAAUGUGCCUUUCCAUAUACUGUUAUUUUAAUAUCUGCAAGAUUCCCACCUCUUGUUUUUAAUCAACCAGUUAACUAAUGUGAUGUAAGAUUAUAAUAAAAAUUACACUAUUUGACAAAACUGGAUUUAUGUUUUCCUGUCAUGUUGAUGAGAAAGCAGGAAUAAGAGAGAGGGAACACAUGUGAGGAAUUACUUUCUGAACUCAUAUCUCAAUAGAGAUUGAUAGCUAAUGCCUAAUAGUUUUUCAUAUAUGAUAAACUGAAAUUGUAUAUUUUUAUGAUGUACAUUUUAUUGUGAGGUAUUUAGCAAAUAACAGAUGUUGAGUAUAUAAGCAGCUAAAUAUGCAUUAUGGGGAAGAACUUGGGUAUCCAUAAAAUAUGGUCUCUGUGCUAAGAGAAUGGCCGAGCGAUGACAUGACCCUUGCCCUCAAUUUUU